UGCCUGAUGUGUGUGAUUGUAAGGCCCGAUUUCUGCAGCCCUUGUGAUAAAAAGUGACACAUUAGGUGAUGGUGACCACUCCCCAAUGCUUUCUGUUUAUAAUAGUGUCGAUGUACGAUCGCGCUUAAAGAAAUAACAUCCUAGGAAGGGACUCGACAGUUACCAGCAUUUCUUUAGCGUCGUCGGAGAGGCGUCACACCACCCGAACAGGACUCAUGUUUGGACUUUGUGGAGUCGAUACCCCCUUACUCCCAGCGAUGUUCCCCCUCCCCACCCUACAUUUCACCCCACAGCAAGUUGCCAAGGUGUGUGAGACGUUGGAAGAAAGUGGGGACAUUGAAAGAUUAGGACGAUUUUUGUGGUCACUACCCGUCAAUCCGUCAGCAUGCGAGGCACUUAACAAGCACGAGUCGGUCCUCAGGGCGCGAGCCCUUGUGGCCUUCCACACGGGCAAUUUCAGAGACCUGUACCACAUUUUAGAAAAUCAAAAAUUCACGAAAGAAUCCCAUGCCAAGCUGCAAGCGAUGUGGCUGGAAGCUCACUACCAGGAAGCCGAAAAACUACGAGGACGACCCUUAGGCCCUGUUGAUAAAUACAGAGUCAGGAAGAAAUAUCCCCUACCCAGAACAAUCUGGGACGGCGAACAGAAAACCCAUUGUUUUAAAGAACGCACACGGAAUCUUUUGAGGGAAUGGUACCUACAAGACCCCUACCCCAAUCCCACGAAGAAAAGGGAGCUCGCCCAGGCCACGGGCCUAACGCCUACCCAAGUUGGGAAUUGGUUUAAAAAUCGAAGGCAGAGAGACAGAGCGGCCGCCGCAAAAAAUAGAUUACAACAACAGGGGCAGUUAUCAGCAGCAGAUCGGCUCAAACUUCAGUCAGACCCAAGCCUGUCACGUGAUGACAUACGAUCGUCUUCGUCGGCAGACGCCGGAGUGUGUCAAAUGGACUCGGAUGAUGACGACGAUCUAUUUUGUGAUGAUUCGCGUAGUGAUACAAGUACACCAUCCACAAGUGCGGAACACCAAGACAUUGAGCCUCACGCUUCAUGAUCAGCCAAUCAAAAGACAGUUUACACACAGUCAUGGCUAAGCACCAGCGUCGAAGACAUCACUCAGGUAUCGUCUGCUUUGCACGUUAUAUCACGUGAUCAAUGCCACUAAGAAGAGUGAAAUGACAAGAUGGCGAAAUAUAAAGCAAACCCUCCAGCAGACGAUUGACCAUGGUGGAACUUAUGUCUCACUCAAAGUGCUGUCGUGACGAUUCCGGCUGCAAUAUUGACAAAUUUGUUCAGUCUUGAUCAUCAAUUUAGCUGUCGUCUGCUUACAGUUCUGUUUGUCUUAUUGGUCAGUCUCGGCUCGUGACGUCAUGUUUAUUUUGGGAGGAAUCUUCCCUUCCGCUUGUUGUAAUGGCAAUUUCUUUAAAAAGGAUGUCUGACAAAGUUGUGUCCCCUUUGUAGCCUUGAACUUUAAGACAGUCACUCACGGAGAAGUCAAUCUAGGACCGAGCUAUGUGGAUGAUGAAGUCCCUCCUCUGGUCGCCAAGGUAACAGCAAAGAUCUGGUCUGCGUCGUACCUCCCGAAAGACCAGAUUCCGAUUGUGAUGAGACUGGUAGAAAGACAUAUAUUUAUGUGAAAUGUGUUAUGAAAUAUAUGAGUAUCAACGAAGGAGAAAUGUCGAACGAAAUUUUGACAAUCUCAAAAUAUUGUGCUAAUCUUUGGCAAACCAAAGCAAACCUUUGAACUAAAUUAACCCCAAAUGUGUAUAUGUACAUAUUUAAGUUAAUGUCUUGAGAACCUGGUGGGAUGUUAGAUUCUCUUUCAGGCGUAAUGAGAUCAGUCCAAGCGGUUGUUCUAUACCACAAUCUCAUUUUUGUUAUUAAAGUAUGUUAUAAUCAC